AUGGCAAACUUACCAGAGAAUUCUGAAGAAGACAAGAGUCUUGGAAAAAACCAAGUGGCUGGAUAUCAAAGGAAAUCAUGGAAAUAUUCUGCUGUGCGGAAGGACGGCUCUUUCCAUUAUGUGCACAGUACUCCCUUUGGCAACUAUUCUUUCAUCUCUGUGGAUGCCACCCAAAGGCCAGGGCCUAAGAGACCCUAUAAUUUCUUUGGAAUUUUAGAUGAGAAACAGAUGGAGGAACUCUUAUCGUUCUCCAAGAAAAGUAGUCAGAGCAACCAGACAAUUUGGUUUGGACACUUUACAACAUCUACUAUCCUUUCUCCGUCCCCAGGGAUCCGGACAGUUAUGAGUUCGGCCACAGCUUAUUUGUGUGGGCACCUCCACACUCUUGGUGGACUGAUGCCUGUUUUGCACACUCGUCACUUUACAGGCACUUUGGAACUUGAGGUGGGAGACUGGAAAGACAAUAGAAGGUACCGGAUCUUUGCCUUUGAUCACGACCUCUUUAGCUUUGCGGACGUAACCUUUGACAAGUGGCCCGUGGUUCUUAUCACCAACCCUAAAUCACUCCUCUAUAGUUGUGCCAAACAUGAACCACUAGAAAGGCUCUUCCACUCAACACACAUCAGAGUGCUGGCCUUUUCCUCAUCCCCCAUCACUUCCGUCACCGUUAAGAUUGAUGGAGCUAAUGUAGGCCAGGCUACUCACAUGUCUGGUCCUAUCUUCAUACUGAAGUGGAACCCUAAAAACUACAGUAACGGCACACACACCAUAGAAGUAUCCGUCCAGGUAAAUUGUCGUUUUAACUUGUUCUGUUAUUGCUUGGGCUCUCGCCACAGUGAACUCAUUAAAAUGCAUAUUUCUUACUAUGUCACUUACAUUUUUGUUGAUGAAGCCAGUUUAAAAGCCUCGCCUGGAGCUGUGGCAGCAUAUCUGCUCACAUCAGCGUCUCUUUCUCUGCAGGCCCGGGUCCUGUUUGUGUUGCUUGUGCUGACCCAGCUCACCAUCCUGAUUACAUUCAGAUAUCUACCAUACCCAGAGCUUAAAGAGCCUCCAGGAUUUGCAAAUAUGACCACAUUUUCCCUUCAUAUAUUGACUAAAAUUAACAUCUUCUACUACUCUGUGUUGUUGCUGACUUUAUACACAGUGCUUGGACCAUGGUUUGUUGGUGAAAUAAUUGACGGCAAAUGGGGUUGCUGCUUCUCGUUUGGGAUAUUUGUUGAUGGACAUUUCCUGCAAGGUGGUCUAACAUUUAUAAGUGGAAUUAUGCAGCUGGUAUUUUUUAACAUCCCCUUGAUGGCUUACAUGUGUUGGAGCUUGCUACAGCGGUGCUUUGGUUACAGCUUCAAGUCUCAUCUCCACCAAGGGAAACACUGGAAGAUUAUAUCCAUUUACCUGCUUAUGCUUCUCCUGUACAUGUGGCAGGUUUAUUCUUGCUACUUUCUUCAUGUGACUUACGGCACUCUAGCCUUUUUCCUCUCCCCACUGCGGACCUGGCUGACAUUGCUGACACCUGUACUCAUUCGUUAUGUGUGGACAUUGAACUCCACUAAACUUGGAACAUUCGUGGUGCAGUUAAAAAGCCAUCUGAGCUCCUGAAGUCCAUGGCGAACAGCUGGCAGCCUGGCAGAAGUCCAGUCUUCACAUUGGUAGCCCAGAUCUCUGCCCCAGUGGCAGACGGAAAGCUGGUGUCAGCGGGUGAGCUUCAGGAAGCUGUCAGUCCUGAACAUCUGGAUGGUGGAAGCGUUAACUACUGAUCCGUGCAGUGUGGACUGCAGAAACACCUAACAAUUGAUUCUUCCUCGGGAGGCAAAGAGCCCUGAUCAAGGAGAUUCCCAGAGUAGGGGGGUCUCUGUUACUGAGUACCUCAGCACUACUGUGUUUGUUAGGGUCAUCCUGUGAAAAGCAUUCAGCCCAAGCCUUGAAUUCAGCAAUUGUCCAGGGUGCCAUUUUACGCCUAGCGAACCUGUGGAGACUUGGGCUGGACCUUGACCACUCUUGAAAUUUUACUUCCCAGCCUGUUUUCCCAUGGAUUAUGGGCUUUCUGCUUCCUUAGUCGGGGCCGUUUUCAACUAAUCGAAUAAAUGAAUGAAUGAUAAA